AGUGUGCGACGCGCGGUUAUCAUCGCCGACUUCCCCAUCACUCACAGUCCCAGCGGUUCCGGGACGCGUGUGACGCGCAGCUCGCCUCGCGGGGACACAGCUGUUAAUAACCUGACAAGCAUGUCUGGAGCCUUAUAAGGUCAUUAGUCUACUAACCUCCAUAUGGAUUUACGCGAGAUUCAAACGAUGCGUUUCGUUUACCUUCUUUCCCUCUCAUUUAUCCUGCCGUUGAUGGGUUGCGCACAGAUGCGCAAAAUAAUGGGCAAAUUCGGUUUAUGAACUCUCCAUCUCCGUUUCGCUCUCGCCCACUCAGGGUCCGUGUGAUGGACAGGCGGCUAGUGAGCUCGACCUGCAGUUUGAAGUCGAGCUUCGCUGGAGUGAGCAGAAAGUAAUCUCUUUUAAAGCAUUCGUCUGGACUUCUGUCACACUUUGAAGAAGAAUGCACUCGCUUUCAUAAACGCAGAUUCUGAACAGUUUUUGAAGAAGCGAGUGAGGAGGAUAAGGGAGGGGACAUGGCCGUCUCACAGGGAAGAGAGUGAUCUGAAAGGCCAGAACACUGGACGGAAAGAUGAAGCUUUGGGGCCGGUCAUUGUGGCUUUCGAAGCUCAUAGUCUUGCUCACCUUGGUAAUAUGGUCUUGCCAUCCAGUUUCUGCGGGUACGAGGACCCUGCGGGGACAUACAGCUUCGUACCAAGUGAAGCAGGGAACCUGUGAGGUGGUGGCCAUCCACAGAUGCUGCAAUAAGAACAAAAUUGAGGAACGUUCACAAACGGUCAAAUGCUCCUGUUUUCCUGGGCAGGUAGCUGGGACAACUCGUACACAGCCAUCCUGCGUGGAGGCUUCCAUUGUACUGCAGAAGUGGUGGUGCCAAAUGCACCCGUGUUUGGACGGCGAGGAGUGUAAAGUUCUUCCGGAUCUCACCGGCUGGUCCUGCAGCACUGGCAACAAAGUCAAAACCACCAAGGUCACACGAUAGCAAGAACAUCACUACCCUGCCAAGAGGAGUCUGAAUUUUCGCUAACCCCCUGAUGAAAAAGGAGACCCUCUUGUUUAAGACACUGAUAUCACAGAGGAUUCUGUCAAUGUGAUAGAUGGACAUUCUUAUCGUAAACUAUAGAUGACUGCAUUGCUUUGUCAGAAGAUGAGGAUGGACAAGGAUCUCUUUAUAUACCUGUGGUGCUAUGCUCGGCGCACUGCAGAUGCUAGACACCACAGGUGCUCAUGGGAAAGACUGCAUCAGUCAGCUGAAAGGAGCUUUUUGGAUUUCCACUGGCUGCGGCUGCUCUCUUGUGUGUAUGCGCGUGUGCUUGUGAAUAGGAGAGAGGUAAUCAUAACAGGCUGGGCUUGAAGGACAAACUUUCCUUGGACGUUUCAGACUUGGCUCGGAGCAUUUAUAGAUGUAUGUUAAUAGAACAUGCGUGUUAGUUUGUAAAGAUGCUGACGCAGCAGCGUAACUCCAUUUAUCCGCUUGCCAACACAGUAAACUUUUUAUUUAUGUGUAAGGAAUGGGAUUGCUCUUAAUGUCUGGUCUUCAAUUUAUUGACAAUUUGCUCUUCUGGGUCACGCCAUAACUAUAAAAUUAUUUCAUUUUGCAGUGCUAAUUAGAGUUUCUGAAUAGAAUCAUAACAACAAAUUAAAAUUUCAUGUAGAGUUAUUUUGCACUAGGUAACAUGGAGCUGUUUUGAGUUUUCUAGUUGACAUUAAAGAGAGGAACAUUAACAAAGUUUUCUUCCACAAAUACAAAAGUAGAAACGCAGUUUGUAAGUGAUGUAGUCAGCAGUAAAAAUGCUUUUUGAAUACAGCACUACCUUGCUGUCUAUUUUAUAUAAUGUGAGCAAUAUGAAUGCAACCCUCCUUCAAAACAAACGGUCAAAAACAUUGUUAAUAGAUCAACAACUUAAAGGUGCACUUAUAAUUUUUUCAACACCGUAAUAAGGUUUUCCACCUAAAUAAAUACAUUUGGUACUUUUGGUAAAUACUGUAUGUUAAAAUAAUGCACACUCUAGGGCCCUACCAGAGCCAUUGAGAAAGAGUUGCGUCAACUCUGUUAACUCCAAUGGAACAGUUUUUUUCACAGAAAUAGCGGAACAUGGAGCCUCUCAAUAGUUCCCGGAAGUUACUAGAAACUUGGAAUUUGGUUUCAUCAUAUAUUCAUCUCACAUAUAGUAUGUCGUGAUUUUGGCACAUUCAUAUUUAAUUUAUGUGUAAAAUUAAACUGUGCUGGUUAAGAUGACUCGCAGAACACGGAUUUGUUUUCUUUGAAUAACAGUAACGGGGGAUGUCUCGGGGAGCUAAUCAGAAUCAAGCAUUCCAGAGCGCUGUGUAAAAUUAACUGUAUACUACAGUUUUUUUGUCAAUUGACUGUAGUUAAUCCUACAGAAUACUAAUGUAACGUAUAAUUAUUACAAUAUACUGUAGUAUUUUUCUUCAUGAUCGGGUCAAGUUAACCAGACUUUUAUUUUGGCUGGUCAUCAUUUUGUGAUGCUGGAUCAUGCUGAGGUGUCAGUUCAAUGCCAUUGUCUCAUCUACCAGCAACACAUAACCAAAAAUGUAUUGAGUGCACCUUUAAACAAGAAGGCCUAUCUGUGUUUUUUUUUAACUUUGCUGCCUGGUUAU